AUGGGCGCUGCAGGCUCCCGCGCGCUCUCCCGCCUCGGCCUCCCCGCGCCCGCCGGGCCCGCGUGGCUCGGCGUCGCCGCUCUGGGGCUGGCGGCGGCGGCGCUGGGGGCGGUGGCCUGGCGCGCGCGGCCCCGGCGAGGCUGGCGACGGCAGCCGGUGGGCACCGUGGCGCAGCUCUGGGUCUACCCGAUCAAGUCCUGCAAGGGGGUGGCGGUGCCCGAGGCCGAGGUGACGGCGCUGGGGCUGCGCGUGGGGCAGCUAUGCGACAGGUUUUGGCUUGUGAUCAACGAGGAGGAGAACAUGGUGACCGCUCGACAGGAGCCUCGCAUGGUCCUGAUUUCUCCGACCUGUGAAGACGACACCCUGACUCUCAGUGCAGCCUACAGCCAGGACCUGCUGCUGCCCAUCAAAACACCCACUACCAACCCGGUGCGCACGUGCAGGGUGCAUGGCCUGGAGGUGCAGGGCCGGGACUGUGGCGAGGCAGCAGCGCAGUGGAUCACCAGCUUCCUGCAGUCAAAGCCCUACCGCUUGGUGCACUUUGAGCUCCAGAUGCGGCCCCGGAGCUCUCAGCAAAUCAGGGCUGCAUUUGGGCCCUCGGACCAGGUUGCCUACUCGGAUUCCAGCCCAUUCCUGGUCCUUUCUGAGGCCUCCCUGGCUGAUCUGAACUCCAGGCUGGAGAAGAAAGUGACAGCAACCAACUUCCGGCCCAACAUUGUCAUCUCCGGAUGUGGGGUCUACGAAGAGGACACCUGGGACGAGCUCCUCAUCGGGGAUGUGCGGCUGAGAAGGGUGAUGGCCUGCUCCAGGUGCAUCCUCACCACGGUGGACCCGGACACUGGCGUCAUGCACAGGAAGGAACCGCUGGAGACGCUGAGGAGCAGCAUUUGUCCCGGGGCUGCAGUACGAGGAGCCCGUGCCACGACUGGGGCACAGCCGGGGCAGGCUGAGGGCUCGGGCUUCCAGACCUGACCCCAGGUUCCCACCGGUGUCUCUCAUCUGCAGCACGGCAUUCGACCCAAGUUGUUGUAGUAGUUUUAUUCUCUCUUUUAAAAAUUGUAUCUUUUAAAGGCAAGACAGAGUGGAGUUAGUGCUUCUAAUAACAUUGUUCUAAACCUAGCAGUGAUGCCAGACGGGCCGUGGAUCUGCCCGUGUCGCCCCCUCUGCUCCUGUGCCUUCUUCCUCAGCUUCUUGAGUUUUCCUCCUGGCGAAAGUGUUUCUGUAGAGGGUCUCAGUCGCCGCACACCUCCCCAGGCCACAGGUGCCGUUCCUGGGAGUGGGACCCUGCCCUGCUCCCAGCCCGUCUCCUGCAGGACACCCCCUGGAGCCGUCAGAGUGCUGGCCCCAGCAUCCCGGGCUCCCUCCCUUGCACACACAGUGUUUGGGGUGGGCUUGGAGGACAAGGCGGGAUUGCACUGCCUUGGGGACCCCACAGGAAUCACAGUUGUAGGACACAGCGAGGGGAAGGAAUUGAGAGGUACAGAGAACGAGCAGGGUGGAAGGGUCUGGCCUGGGCUGGAGCCAGCAGAACGUCUCUCCAGCCAAGCCAAAGAGUGGGACUGUGUUUCUUCAGCACUGGGGAGCUACUGAAGGUUUUGGAGCUAGGAAGGACAAGGCCAGAGCCAGAUGGAGACAGUGUAGGCAGGAACUUGGUGGGGGCAGGUGGAGACAGGAGGUUGAUUGGAAAUUACUGAGUCUCCUCCGAUGCUGUUCUGAGAGUGCUGGGAGCAAGAUCAUGAAGCCAGGAAUUAGAAAAAAACUAGGGGAGCCGCGUGAUGCUGCACAGGAAGGGGCAGCAGGGACAAGUCAGGGAGAGAGGGAAUGGGGUGAGUGGGGGAAAUGGGUGCAGCACCCCAAGCCCACCGCACUGGUGGGACCUAGGUCGGGGAGAGACGAGAGAAGCCGGGAGGUGGACGCUGAGCGUCGCAGCGUGGCCGGGCCUGUCCCGACAGUGAUCUCUGCCAGUGCCGCAGAGGAAGCGUCCGUCCAUGGAGACACGGUGGGGAUGCGCGUGGGCUGCGCUGCUGUGGUUACCCCAGGGCCACGUCAGGUGACACGUCAGGUGUCAGGUGACGCCCCGAGCGGGUGGAUCCCGCCUCAGCCCCUGCCAGCCUGCGACCCACAGAACUCUCUCUCC